AGACCAUGACAUUGAUAGAUGGAUAGCACUAACACCUCCCAUCCCACCCUUCUCUCUCUCUCUCUGUGUGGAGCCUAUCUUACAAUCGAAUCUAUCCGCCUAUCUAUCUUCCAAUUGCGUGUGUGGUGUGUAUCAGAAACAUACAUACAUCCAUGAUGGCUUCCCUGUUUGCAUCAGCGCCACCAUUUGUGUCUCCGUCUCGCCCCGCCGCAGCAAGAAGCAACUACUACGCCUUCUUAUCUUCACAGGCUCCGCCGCCACCAAAUCAGACCGCCGCCACUCCACCAGCUCAACAUGAGCUUAGUGCUGCUGCUGCUGCAGCUGCAAAUCAUUCAGCACAGCCUCCAAAUGUGGUCGCGGGGGGCCAAAGUUGUUCUACUUCUGUAGAGCCCAAACCAACAAUAACUACUGCUGUGGAUUCUACCGACUGGAUCGCAUCCACAUUAACGAGGCGGUUUGGGAUUGGAGCUGGUCUGGCAUGGGUUGCCUUUCUUGCCGUCGGUGUCGUGUCUGAACAAAUCAAGACCCGACUCGAAGUUUCACAGCAAGCCGCCAACACCAGGGUAGUUGAGGAGCAAGAAGAGGUCAUUUUGCCCAGUGGGAUCAGAUACACCGAUCUGAGAGUAGGCGGGGGUGCGUCUCCGAGGAGCGGGGACUUGGUGGUGAUGAAACUGAAGGGCAGCGUGCAGGGGAGCGGAGAAACAUUUGUGGACACAUUUGAGGAGGGGGAGAGGAGGAGGGCGUUGGCUCUGGUGAUGGGGUCAAGGCCCUACAGCAAGGGUGUGUGUGAAGGCAUAGAGUAUGUGCUGGGCAGCAUGAAGGCCGGCGGGAUACGGAGGGCCGUCAUUCCCCCCUCUUUGGCCUUCGGGGAAGAAGGCGCUGAUUUUGGUUACGGUGAUGCCGGCAUCCACCACAUUCCUCCCUUUGCCACCCUCGAAUACCUCGUCCAGAUAGACACCGUCUCCACUGCACCUUCAUGAAUGAUCCAUCAUCAAAUGGACGGACGGACGGAGGGACACGCUGACAUACUCUCCUCUCCUCUCCUCCCCUCCCCCCUCCCCUCCACCGAGUAGGAGGAGAAAGAACCCUAAAUGGAUAGAAAUAGUCGUCUAGAAUUGGGGGCUGCUGCUGCUGCUUAUCUGCACACACCUCCCUCCUCCUUCUGUCAUCAAUACAUACAUACAUGCAUAUCUGCAUGUCCUAUUGUUAUACUAUUAAUUAUUAUUGCCUUGUUAUGAAAUGACCUACACAUACACACCAA